AUGAAUCUUUCUUCAUUCUUCUCCUGUGCAUUCUGGUCCACAAGCCUCCAUGUGGUUCUUCUCUUUUCUGCCACCCUACUAUGUUUGCAACCUAAUAAUACUGCUAGUGCCUUAGGAAAUGACACAGACCAAUUGUCAUUGUUAAGAUUCAAAGAAGCAGUUCAAGAUGACCCAUUAGGUAUCUUGACUUCAUGGAAUAGUUCAACUUACUUUUGCAACUGGCAUGGAGUCACAUGCAGCCUCAGGCAUCAAAGGGUCACUGCCCUAAACCUACAAGGGUAUGGCUUACGUGGGUUGAUACCAUCUGAGAUUGGCAACCUCACCUUUUUAAGGUAUGUCAACCUUCAAAACAACAGCUUCUAUGGUGAAAUACCACAGGAAAUAGGUCGUUUGUUUAGGCUGCAGCAAUUGUAUCUCACCAAUAACACAUUAAGGGGUCAAAUUCCCACCAACUUGUCUGGUUGCUCUGAACUCAAGAGUUUGAGUUUAAGAGGAAACAAACUUGUUGGCAAAAUACCUACGGAGCUUGGUUUUCUAACUAAGCUAGAAGAGCUAUAUAUUGCUGUGAACAAUUUGACAGGUGAAAUCCCUGCCUCUAUAGGCAAUCUUUCAUCUCUUAGUAUUCUCUCUCUGGGGAUCAAUAACUUAGAGGGAAAUGUACCAGAAGAGAUAAGUCAUCUGAAAAACUUGACACAUAUCUCUAUUGCAUCCAACAAACUAUCUGGUAUGCUUCCUUCUACACUCUACAAUAUGUCAUCUCUCACCUACUUCUCAGCUGCAGUGAAUCAAUUUAAUGGUUCCCUACCUUCCAACAUGUUCCUCACACUCCCUAAUCUCCAACAAUUUGGGAUUGGUAUGAAUAAGAUCUCAGGUCCUAUCCCAGCUUCCAUCUCCAAUGCAACCCGUUUGCUAUUAUUUAACAUCCCCAGGAAUAACUUUGUAGGACAAGUUCCAAUUGGAAUAGGAAAUCUCCAAGACAUCUGGUUUAUUGCUCUGGAAUACAAUCAUCUAGGGAGUAAUUCAUCUAAUGACUUGGAUUUCUUGACAUCUUUGACAAACUGCACCAAACUACAAGUGUUAGAUUUAAAUGUAAACAACUUUGGUGGUUCUUUACCCAACUCAGUAGCCAACUUUUCAACUCAACUGAACCAGUUUUAUAUUGGUGGCAAUCAGAUUACUGGUACUAUUCCUGCAGGAUUAGGAAAUCUCAUUGAAUUGAUUGGCUUCGAACUGGAGUUCAACCUUCUCACAGGGUCCAUUCCAACUUCUUUUGGCAAGUUUCAAAAGAUACAAUUAUUGAAUUUAAAUGCAAACAAACUUUCAGGAGAAAUUCCAUCAUCCAUUGGCAAUCUUAGUCAGUUGUCUCAACUUGACUUAUCAAAUAAUAUUCUGGAAGGAAGCAUUCCUCCUAGUAUUGGGAAUUGCCAAUAUUUACAGUACCUAGACCUUUCACAUAACAACCUUAGUGGAACUAUUCCUUUGCAGGUGCUUGGUCUCCCCUCUUUGUCAUUGUUACUGAACUUAUCCCAGAACUCAUUAAAUGGUAGCCUACCCUCUGAAGUUGGCAACCUGAAAAGCAUCAAUAAGUUGGAUGUUUCUAAAAAUGUGCUGUCUGGUGAAAUUCCUGCAACAAUUGGAGAGUGCAUAACCUUGGAAUACCUUAACUUACAAGGGAAUUCCUUCCUGGGAGCCAUACCUUCAUCAUUGGCUUCAUUGAAAGGUCUUCAAUAUUUAGAUUUGUCACAGAACAACUUGUCUGGAUCAAUUCCAGAAGGUCUAGAGGGUAUUCCUUUUCUACAGUAUUUGAAUAUUUCUUUCAACAGGUUGGAUGGUGAAGUACCAAUAAAAGGUGUCUUUAGAAAUGCAAGUGCAAUAUCAAUAAAAGGAAACAGUGACCUUUGUGGUGGUAUCACUGAGCUACAUCUACCACCAUGCCCUGUCAAAGUUAUGACACACAAAAAACAUCAGGCUUGGAAGGACAUAGUAAUAAUAAUUUCUGUGGUUUUCUUUCUCCUACUGUUGUUAUCUUCUUUUGUUGUCUGUUGGAAGAAAAGAACAAACUGGAGAACAUCUACUUCCCCAACAACAGUGGAUCAUCUUGCCAAGGUCUCAUACCAGACACUCCACCAAGCAACAAAUGGAUUCUCUCCCAAUAACUUGGUAGGAUCUGGUGCUUUUGGCUCUGUGUAUAAAGGAACUUUUGAGUCAGAAGAAAAAGUUGUUGCUAUUAAAGUCUUGAACCUUCAAAAGAAGGGAGCUCAGAAGAGUUUCAUUGCUGAAUGUAAUGCACUCAGAAAUAUCCGUCACAGAAAUCUGGUUAAGAUUCUAACAUGUUGCUCAAGUAUGGAUUACAAUGGAAACGAAUUUAAAGCUUUAGUUUUUGAGUACAUGGAAAAUGGAAGCUUAGAGAAAUGGUUGCAUCCUGAGUCAGAAAUUGGAGAUCAACCAAGUUUGGACCUUCUUCAAAGACUGAAUAUUCUCAUAGAUGUUGGUUCUGCAUUAUUCUAUCUUCACCAUGAAUGUGAGCAGCCAAUUGUUCACUGUGAUUUAAAGCCAAACAAUAUCCUUCUUGAUAAUGACAUGGUUGCUCAUGUGAAUGAUUUUGGACUAGCAAGACUUCUCUCUACUAUCAGUGGUAUCUCUCAUCCUCAAUCAAGCACAAUUGGAAUCAAGGGAACUGUUGGGUAUGCUCCUCCAGAGUAUGGAAUGGGAGGUGAAGUUUCAACACUUGGUGACAUGUAUAGCUUUGGAAUCCUUGUACUGGAAAUACUAACUGGAAGGAAGCCCACAGAUGAAAUGUUUAUAAAUGGUAUCAAUCUCCAUACUUUUGUCAAAGUUUCCUUGCCAGAUAAACUCCUACAGAUAGUGGACUCAGCCAUUCUCCCAAGAGAAUUGAAAAAAGAAUUUGUAUCAGCAGAAGAAGAAAACAAUAUUAGUAAUCAGAACCAGAGUCAGAUGCAUCCCAAUGAUUUCAAGAAGUGCUUACUUGAACUGUUUAGCAUUGGACUUGCUUGUUCUGCAGAGUCACCAAAAGAAAGAAUGAAUAUGAGGGAUGUCACAAGGGAACUAAAUGUAAUCAAAAAUGCUUUUUUCAAAGGCAGAUCAAUAGAGACUCACUGA